GGCACUGAAGUGCGAGAGAGAGAGAAGAAGCGAACGUGUGUUUAUUUUGGAACUACUGUUUCUGGUUUUUUUGCGAUUAUUCCCAGCUCUCGGUACACUUUUAAGAUACUGUUUCCAGGGGGAAACAUCUGACGCUUUGCUUGGUCGGAUACAACCGCAGAUCGCUGAAGCCGGGUGGGGUAAGGCCCCCGCGUACGACUUGUCUGUGAAGAGGUCUUGAGCGGUUGUGUUGGCUGUACCCUGAAAAAAAAACAUUGGAAGUGACGGUGUCGCUGCGAUGGACGUAGAGGAAGAGGAGUUCUUUUCCGGUAACCAGUCAGAUGAUGGAGGCGCAACCCCAGUCCAAGACGAACACGAGUCAGGGUCCGAAGCAGAGAUGGAGACUUCACGACGGCAGUCUGGAUCGGAGGCUGGAAGUGCUGGUCGACGUUCCGAGGAUGAGCAAAGUGAAGAAGGAGCUCUGCACGUGACGUCCAUAGACAUGAUAGCCAGCGAUUCAGAAAAUGAAGAUCCUCCCAGAGCUGCAGAAAGUGACUCAGAAAAUGAGGACAUUCCUAGUCGUAGAGACAGUGGCUCUGAAAAAGAGGAUGCUCAUAAACAUGAGGAUAGUGACUCUGAAAUUGAGGAUUCUCCCAAACGAAAGCAUGAUAGACUCGAUGAGAUGGCUCCUAAGUAUAUAGCUAGUGACUCUGAGGAUGAAGCUGCUGAGAAACAUCGACCCAGUGACUCAGAGGAUGAGGAUACACAAAAGCCAAUGGCACGAAGGGCCAGUGACUCUGAGGACGAGGAUGCGCCAAAGCGAAGGGCCAGUGACUCAGAGGACGAGGAUGCGCCAAGCGACAGGGCCAGUGACUCUGAGGACGAGGAUGCGCCAAAGCGAAGGGCCAGUGACUCUGAGGACGAGGAUGCGCCAAAGCGAAGGGCCAGUGACUCUGAGGACGAGGAUGCGCCAAAGCGAAGGGCCAGUGACUCUGAGGACGAGGAUGCGCCAAAGCGAAGGGCCAGUGACUCUGAGGACGAGGAUGCGCCAAAGCGAAGGGCCAGUGACUCUGAGGACGAGGAUGCGCCAAAGCGAAGGGCCAUUGACUCUGAGGACGAGGAUGCGCCAAAGCGAAGGGCCAUUGACUCUGAGGACGAGGAUGCGCCAAAGCGCAGUGACUCUGAGGACGCGGAUGCACCAAAGCGAAGGGUCAGUGACUCUGAGGGUGAGGAUGCACAGGUGCGAAGAGUUAGCGACUCUGAGGAUGAAGAUGUGCAAAAGGGUAUGGCUAGUGACUCUGAUGGAGAGAAUGCUCCUAAGCACAAAGUCCGUGAUUCAGAGAGCAAAGCUGCUACAAAACGUAGAAUCAGUGAUUCUGAGGAUGAAGGUUCACCAGAACGUAAGGGCAGCAGUCACAAGGAUGUCCCAAAAUAUAGGGCCAGUGACUCUGAGGAUGUAGACACUCCAAAACAUUCAGUCAGGAACACUGAGCAUAAUGAUGAUGAUGUUGAUUCUGAAAAUGAACUUGUGCCUAAGCAAAAGCGUCGCAUUAAAUCUGAUGAUGAUGCAGACAGUGAUAAAGAAAAUGAAAGUAAACGAAAACGUCAAAAACGUUCUGAAAGUGAGGAUGAGGAGGACAUACCAACCAACAAGCUUGCAGCAGGUGAUGACAGUGAUAAAGAGGAAGAUCAAGUUCAACAACGCCGCUCAGUGGCUGAUAGUGAUGAAGAUGGAGAUCAAGAAGAAGAAAAACCAGCUAAGAGAAAGAAAGCAAUUUUGUCAGACAGUGACGACGAUGAAGCAAAAGAAGAAUCUCCUGUUAAGAGGAGCCGCAUUCUUUCAGAUGCAGAUGAUUCAGAUAGUGAUGCACACUCUGACACAUCUAAGAAAGCUGCCAAUAAGAAAUCCAAAGUCUUUGGUUCCAACAGUAGUGAUGAUGAUGAUGAGGAAGAGGAAAAAGAGAACUCUGGAAAAAAAGAUGGAAAAGCAUUGUUUGGCAGUGAUAGUGAAGCAGACGAUGAAGAGGAGAAAAUGAUUGCAGACAUCUUUGGAGAAUCUGGUGAUGAAGAGGAAGAAGAGUUUACUGGGUUUAACCAGGAAGACUUAGAGGGAGCAAAGAAUCAGGCAGAGGCUGCAGUAAAAAAAGCUGCAGCAGCAGCAGAGUCCGAUUCAGACGAUGAAGUUGAUCGAGGAGGCAAAGACAUCAGUUUCAUGUCAGACUUUGACAUAAUGUUGGCAAGAAAAAAAGCAGCAAGUGGAAAGCGUCGGCGCAAUCGAGAUGGGGGGACAUUCAUCAGUGAUGCAGAUGAUGUGGUCAGUGCUAUGAUCACCAAAAUGACAGAAGCAGCAGAGGAGGAUAGGACAUUAAAUAGUCAGAAAAAGCCUGCCCUGAAGAAGCUAACUCUACUACCAACUGUUGUCAUGCACCUAAAAAAGCAAGACUUAAAGGAGACAUUUAUUGACAGUGGGGUCAUGACUGCCAUUAAAGAGUGGAUUAGUCCACUCCCAGACAAAAGUUUGCCUGCUUUGAAGAUCAGAGAAGAACUACUCAAGAUUCUGCAAGAGUUGCCCACUGUUAGCCAGGAAACCUUAAAACACAGUGGAAUUGGUCGUGCUGUCAUGCUUCUCUACAAGCAUCCAAAAGAAACACGUGCUAACAAGAACCUUGCAGGAAAGCUUAUUAAUGAAUGGUCACGACCGAUCUUUGGAUUGUCAUCUAAUUACAAGGGUAUGACGAGAGAAGAAAGGCAACAGAGGGAUUUGGACCAGCAGGUUGCACCUCGUCAGCGACUUAGUUCUGGAGGUCAAACGCCCCGACGAGAUUUGGAGAAGGUGCUGACAGGAGAAGAGAAAGCACUGCGACCUGGAGACCCUGGAUUUUGUGCCCGGGCACGAGUGCCCAUGCCCUCCAACAAAGACUAUGUCGUACGGCCUAAAUGGAAUGUAGAUGGAGAAACUAACAGAGCACCAACCAAGAAGGGUUUAUCCCGGGUUGACAAACAAAUGCGCCGAUUUGCUGACAUCAAGAGGCUGACCAAGCCUGCACAUGCUGUGAAGAUCAGUGUAGAGGGAAACCGGAUGCCUUUGUGAUUUUUGUUCUCAGACCAACACUCCACCUCAAAUUCACCCACAACCCUACCUCUCUCCCUUCCUCUCUCCCUCCUUCCCUCUCUCCCUGCCCCCUUCCUACUGAAAUUUUUAUUAAUUGUUAUGUUUUUUUGUCAUCUCUAUUGUUUAGUCCCAUGGCUCAGCCCUGGUGGUAAGGGGUUAUCUACAUAAGUGUCUGGGUAUCUUAAAGACUGUAAUAAUGUAAGAGGGCUCUUCAUGUUUCCUUCAAUUUCUGAUGCAGGCUUAUAGGGUUUCCUCAGUGGGAAGGAACACAAUUCAUCAGCAAAGUGCUUAAAAUGGAGUUUCUUGUACAGAAAGAGAGCCACAGUUUUAUUUCUCUGUAAUGUUAUUGCAAUUGUUUAUGAAUAAAAUGUCAUAACGUUAUUGAUUUUUCUACUUCAGCCUUUCAGAGUCUGUUGUUCUGGUAAAUUACAAUUGUUUAGUACAGGGUCUUGGCUUAUCCUGCAGGUUUUUGUAAGCCACAAAUGUUUUCUUUAAUGUUUUUUUAAUUGAAUCUGUAACUGUAAAUAAUUUAUUAAUAAAACUAAAUUGAAUUACACCCCAAACAGAUUUUAGCAUAUAUAGAGGAUAGCCAUAAUUAAUAAAAAUAACCCAAUUGGCUUUACAGUAUUUAUGAAAGUAAACAAUGUUAAUAUUAUUACCUACAAUAAUCUUAUGUAAUGCAAGUUUCUUUUGGUACUUGUAUCAUUUAUCCCCUCAGGAGUUUUGAAAAAUCCCAAAGUGUCAACUUGCCAGUCUGGAAUGAUUAUGAAUAAUGAUAAAAAACCCUAAA